AUGGAUGGUAGUUCCUCUUUAUCUUCUUCUAAAGGAAAAAAGGUCAUGCAAGAGAAAGAAAAUUGCAACAAAGUUGGGAAGGAUAAUAAUGACAUGAUCAAAUAUCGAGGCGUUCGGAAACGUACGUGGGGUAAAUUCGCGGCAGAGAUACGUGACCCAACGAGGCAAGGCGCUCGCCAAUGGCUCGGGACGUUUGAUACGGCCGAGGAAGCGGCGAGGGCCUAUGACAAGGCAGCAUUUAACCUAAGGGGACAUCUUGCUACUUUGAAUUUCCCAAAUGAGUAUUAUUCUAAGCUCAAUGAUCCACCUUAUUAUAACUAUCGUGCUUCAUUUAAUGUUAAUACUCCAAAGCGAGGUUUAGAGAGGGGAAUUUCAUCAAAUUGUCAUCAAGACAAAGAAAUCAUUGAGUUUGAGUAUCUUGAUGAUAGUGUGCUAGACGAACUUCUUGGAGCAGAAGAGCCAAAGAUGAUAAGAAAGGGAGGUUAA